UCGCCCCACCGUACAACCACGCACCCCGCCCCUUGGUGCUGCUGCUAGCCACCAUGUUUAGAUCCCGCAUGGAACAUGGGGGUUGGACUUCCGAAGAUUGGAGAACAAAGCAAGCAAAGCAUCGAGCCUACAACGCCUCACGUAAAAGCGCGGUGGCAUCAGUCCUACACCGGAGGGCAAUGGCCUCCAACGCGUCGGCUCACGGGCUGCCCGCCCCUUUCGAGCUGCGAGGAGUGGUGCGGCGAACCAUCACCGGCGGCCUUGGUGGCACCACCGGCCACCACGCCUUGCCGCUUCACCAUGGCAACAUGCCCUUACCGUCGAACGUAGCCUGCGGAAACAGGGCGGCCAUGGGUGCAACUCAGGGUUUCGAAAGCAGCGGCAUUCGGCGCCGCGGUGCCACCGGGGGAGCAGGAGAAUCGGGGUCAAUCGGAGGCGGGAGCGGGGUGGACAGCUCGCUCAGGAUGGAAAAACCGGACGGGAAGCCUCAGUCGACUUUCUGGAGGCUGUGGUCGGAGGCCAAACACGAGAGGGGACACCUCGCGGCGGCGGGAGUGUGCUUAAUGGCAUCGUCUAGCGCCAACCUAAUGGCUCCUGCCAUCAUGGCCAAAGUCAUCGACCGCGCUUCCAAGCGAGGCCGAGGGUCGGGGCCCUCGAGCUCCCUAGAGAUGUGCAUCGCAGGCCGACCGGUGUCCGACCGCACCUUCUUCCUGGCGUGCCUCGGGGUCUUUGCUGUCGGUUCUCUGGCGUCAUGGGGCAGGGUUUACGCCCUCGCGAUGGCCACCGCCGGGGUGGCGGAGAAGCUGCGCGCCAGGCUGUUCGCGGCCCUGAUGGUGCAGGAGAAGGCGUUCUUCGACGAGAAGAAGGCGGGGGAACUGGCGCCCAUUCUGGCCGAGGACGUGGACGUGUCUUCCACGGUGUUUACGGAGAGAAUGGCAUCGGUACUUCGGUCCCUCAACUCUUCCAUCAACGCCUCGAUGGCUCUCCUAUCGAUCUCUCCCCACCUCACCAUGGUCUCGCUGUCGACGGUACCGAUGGUGGGAUCCGUGGCCAUGCUCUACUACAAGCACGUGCGCAAGUUGAGCAUGAGGCUGCGCGAUAUGGACAGCGAGGCGCAAGCGUUCGCACAGGCUCGCCUAGCCAACGUGCGGACGGUGCGCGCCUUUGCGAAUGAGACUCUCGAGGCGCAACGGUUUCGACAGAUGCUGGAGCAAGCGUCGGAGUUGAGGGCUGAAGAGGCAGGCGCCAAGGGAGUUUUUCGAGGAGGUCUCUUUGGCAUGGUGGGGGUUUCACUGAUGGCCGUUUUAUGGGUAGGGGGGUCCCACGUGGGCGAUGGAAGCAUGACGGCGGGGCAGCUGACAUCGUUUGCCGGCUACACGGGUUGGGUUGGGCUGGGGUUCUCGGGGCUGGCCACUGGUAACGCCAACAUCGCGAGGGGCCUCGCAUCAGCAGAGCGGGUGUUCGCCCUAAUGGACAGAACUCCGGCAGUGUCAGGAGACGAGGGGCUUGAACCCUCGACGGACGUUGUCGGGAACUUGGAAUUCAGAGACGUCUGGUUCCAAUACCCUACUCGGGAUAAGGCGAGUCGAUCAGCUGUCCUGCAAGGGGUUAACCUACAGCUGAGCCCCGGCAAGGUGCUGGCGUUGACGGGCGCAAGUGGCGAAGGAAAGAGCACCUUGGCCGCCCUCAUCACACGGCUGUACGAACCGCGGCAAGGCUGCAUCACCCUGGACGGUGUCGAUAUCGCCACUCUCAACCCGUCAUGGCUCCGAAGACAGAUCGGGGUCGUGGACCAAGAGCCGGUGCUUUUCGCUGGAAGCAUCUCGUACAACAUUCGCUACGGCGUGCCGUCGGCUACAGACAAGCAAGUCGAAGCAGCGGCAAAGCAGGCGAACGCCCACGAUUUCAUCAUGGACUUCCCCGAAGCCUACGAAACCAAAGUCGGGGACGAAGGGCGUCAACUCAGUGGUGGACAGAAGCAGCGCGUCGCGAUAGCCCGCGCUGUGCUGAAGAACCCGCCAAUCUUGAUCUUGGACGAGGCAACUUCGGCGCUUGAUGCCGAAUCAGAGCGCCUGGUGUCCGAGGCCAUAGACAGGGUGGUAGCCUCCCGCACGGUGCUCGUCAUAGCGCACCGCCAGUCGACGGUUAAAAAAGCGGACAGCGUGGCUGUUCUUCAGGGUGGAACUGUGGCUGAACAGGGCACAUUCGGUAAUCUCAUGGCCAAGUCGGGCGGUCAGCUGGCCAGCCUUAUGGACGGAAGCCGUACAGUUUAGCUCAGCUCUCUAGGGAUGUUCAAGAGACACCGUGUGGAGCAGCAAUGUUUAUUUAUCAAACUUCAUGUACAGCCAGCCAGCGUUGACGACGUGAAGAGGACGUGAUGAAGGAAUCACAUCAACACAAUGAUCCAGUGUGGUCUACAUGAACACAGCCUAGACGGACAGUUGCGAUGAGGCGGGGCGCACGUCUGUGCAAGGGAAGAAGCGGAACCGCCAACUUGGGGGGUUGAACGGUGUGGACGUCUGCCAUCAAGAACAUUCCCCCGGGGACAAUCCGGACGUUGAAAGCAUGAACACGCCUGCCGCAUAGAUGUGCGUGGCGUGCGGGGAGGCGCAACUGCUGUGAUUCGAUGCCACAUUGGCCCAGUGCCGCGGGUGCCGACAUGCAUAGCGUUUGCCUCGUCUUUCGCGGUGUGUCACGUAUGGACGUGCAUCGCUGGGUGGCCUCCACUUCUUGCCCGAGCUGUGGAACGAAAGAACGUAGUGUUACGGGUCAGCAAGAUUGACUUUCUCGGUCUCUAAUGUGCUGGCGCCACUCGCACUCUGCCUCGCAUAGGACUUGUCGAUUCUUGCCAGUAGCGUGAAGUCAUUUGGGUUGCAACAAGCUUAACCACCCGUUUCACAAGGCAGGAAGCAGGCAGGGUAGCAGCUCCCUGGCAAUCCAAUAACCACCUUCCUCGGAUUCCCCCAAAAUUUUCUCGGAAGACCUGUCGAUGUUUUUGUUGCUA